UUGCUUAUAAAUGGUAGCUAGUAGCAUGGCAAGGAAGGAUGACUUAGAAUAUAACGAGAGAGACACAGCGCGCAAUUCGCUGCUGAUAAACCCGCUCACUGCAAAUUGUUGUGAUCCCUACCCAUCCAUCCUUCAUUUCCAUCUCGUUUUUUUGUUUCAAACAAAGAAAUCUUUAUUUUUUUCCUAUUAUAUUUUCAAUCACGCGAAAGUGAAAGUUCUUCGGUUGUUGCUAUUGCUCAUUCAUUUUCUCAGGGGAAGAAAAAUCAUUUUUGUUCCCCCGGAUUACGUUCCUAGAUAAUAGCUUUUAGCCAAAUAUCAAAUAUCAAAUAUCAAAACCACAUUUUUUCUUCGGUUCUUCUUUUCCUUGUCCGAGUCUUCUCAUUAGCGGUCAAACACAGACUCUGUUGAUUUCAUCAAUCACCGGAAGGUUAUACAGUUUAGGAAAAGUAGUAAUUUCAAUUGAAGAAAUACAUAUAAUAUAACAAUACGAUGGCCGAGUUUGGAACGAGAACGGGAUCUAUAUGGACGGUGCUGUUCUGUUUUGCGUCGGUGGUGGCGAUCGUUGCUUCAGAAAGAAGCAUUAUGAAAAUGGAAGUGGCGAGAUUCAAUGUUACCACCUCCCGAGAGCCUCAACAGAGUUUCCUCACCAAAGCUUUGAAUUUCUUAUGGCAAUCUGGAGAAUCAGGGUACCAACACGUGUGGCCGGAUAUGGAAUUUGGAUGGCAAAUUGUCGUGGGUACUUUUGUUGGGUUUUGUGGUGCCGCGUUUGGAAGUGUUGGUGGUGUUGGUGGAGGUGGCAUAUUCGUCCCUAUGCUUAGCCUAAUCGUUGGAUUUGAUCAAAAAUCAUCCACAGCUAUCUCAAAAUGUAUGAUCAUGGGCGCAGCCGUGUCAACUGUUUACUACAACCUUAAGCUAAGACAUCCUACGUUGAAUAUGCCCAUCAUUGACUAUGAUUUGGCACUUCUCAUUCAACCAAUGCUCAUGCUUGGCAUCAGCAUUGGAGUGGUCUUCAACGUUGUAUUUCCAGAUUGGAUUGUGACUAUAUUGCUUAUUGUUCUCUUCUUAGGCACAUCAACAAAAGCAUUCUUUAAGGGGAUUGAAACAUGGAAAAAGGAAACCAUAAUGAAAAAGGAAGCUGCUAAACGUCAAGAAUCAAACGGUUCUGGGGCUGAAGUGGAAUACAAACCUCUUCCCAGUGGACCAAAUGGUGCCAAUGAAAAGGACACCAAGGAACAAGAGGUGACUAUUAUUGAAAAUGUAUAUUGGAAGGAGUUUGGCCUUCUUGUAUUUGUUUGGGUUUCAUUCCUUGCACUACAGAUUGCCAAGGAAAACUAUACGACUACUUGUUCAACAUUUUAUUGGGUACUGAACUUGUUACAGGUUCCAGUUUCAGUUGGAGUAACAGCAUAUGAGGCAGCUGCCUUGUUCAGUGGACGUAGAGUAAUUGCUUCCACGGGAGAACAAGGGAAAGAUUUCACUGUUCUCCAGCUAAUUAUCUAUUGUGUCUUUGGUGUACUGGCUGGUGUAGUUGGUGGCAUGUUGGGACUAGGAGGAGGAUUCGUUAUGGGUCCACUUUUUCUGGAACUGGGAGUCCCACCUCAGGUUUCUAGCGCCACAGCCACCUUUGCCAUGACCUUUUCCUCAUCUAUGUCUGUUAUAGAAUACUACCUGUUGAAACGUUUUCCAAUUCCUUAUGCUCUUUACUUCGUCCUUGUGGCUACUAUUGCUGCCUUCGUUGGACAGCACAUUGUGAGAAAACUAAUCAUCUUAUUUGGGAGAGCAUCUCUUAUCAUCUUUAUUCUAGCCUCUACAAUAUUUGUCAGUGCAGUCUCAUUAGGUGGAGUUGGCAUUGUAAAUAUGGUACACAAGAUCGAUAAUCAUGAAUACAUGGGAUUUGAGGAUCUCUGCAAAUACGGGUCAUAGCACAUAUUGGAAGAUUAUUUUGUCGUAUUUACAUUAUUAUUCAAGGUCCCUACCAAAGCCAAGAACCAAGGUGGCCAAAAUUGACUUCAAUUUCGUGCCAUGGCUACAAUAGUGUUAGUUAGGUGUCAUUUAUUUUAUUGCUUGCCAAGUCAUGGAGUGAUUCGGUGGGGAAUUCAGAUACUGAAUUAUUCAAAAUAUUCAUUGUGUUCAGCUUCAGCUUUUGUAUCAUCUAAGAUUUUUUAAAUUAUAAGUUCGCGUGAUCUUAAUUUUUCA